AUGGCAGUUAUGUCAUCAGAUUGUCCUAAUGGAAGUGGCAAGAGUUCCCUUUUCCGAGUAUUGGGAGGUCUAUGGCCCCUGGUGUCUGGGCAUAUUGUGAAGCCAGGUGUUGGUUCUGAUCUUAACAAGGAGAUCUUCUACGUGCCGCAACGGCCCUAUAUGGCAGUAGGAACACUUCGAGACCAGUUAAUAUAUCCUCUUACUUCUGAUCACGAGACUGAACCGCUCACUGAGACUGGAAUGGUUGAGCUAUUGGAAAAUGUUGACUUGGAAUAUUUAUUGGAUCGCUACCAACCGGACAAAGAGGUUAAUUGGGGUGAUGAAUUAUCUCUUGGAGAGCAACAGAGAUUGGGAAUGGCGAGACUGUUCUACCACAAACCCAAAUUUGCAAUUCUUGAUGAAUGCACAAGUGCUGUAACAACUGAUAUGGAAGAACGUUUCGCUGCUAAGGUUCGAGCUAUGGGAACUUCUUGCAUAACAAUCUCCCAUCGUCCAGCCCUUGUUGCAUUCCAUGAUGUUGUUCUGUCAUUAGACGGAGAAGGGGGAUGGAGUGUUCACUACAAGAGGGAUGACUCUGCACUUCUGACGGACGCUGGAAUUGAUUCAGUGAAAAGUUCAGAUACAAAACGGCAAAAUGAUGCAAUGGUUGUACAACGAGCUUUUGCUGCAGCUAGAAAGGAAUCUGGCUCCACCAAUUCAAAGGCUCAGUCGUACUCGACACAGUUAAUUGCAAAAUCACCUUUUGUUGAUAAAAGUGUUGUGCUGCCUCGUUUUCCUCAACCACAAACAUCCCCAAGGGCACUGCCAUCAAGAGUAGCUUCAAUGUUAAACGUAUUGAUACCCACUCUAUUUGACAAACAAGGAGUACAACUGCUUGCUGUUGCUUGCCUUGUUGUCUCAAGAACACUGAUCUCUGACCGAAUAGCCUCUUUGAAUGGGACCACUGUGAAGUAUGUCUUAGAGCAAGAUAAGGCAGCCUUUGUUCGUUUGAUUGGUAUGAGUGUUCUCCAAAGUGGCGCAUCUUCUGUCAUUGCUCCUUCAUUAAGGCAUUUAACGCAAAGGCUAGCUUUAGGGUGGAGGAUUCGUUUGACCCAACAUCUACUACGAAAUUACUUGAGAAAUAAUGCGUUUUACAAGGUUUUCCACAUGUCAGGCAAUAGUAUUGACGCAGACCAGAGACUCACUCGAGACCUGGAAAAGCUAACCUCUGACUUGUCUGGACUUCUGACUGGAAUGGUAAAACCAUCGGUUGAUAUUCUCUGGUUCACCUGGAGGAUGAAGCUACUGACUGGUCAGAGGGGAGUUGCCAUACUUUACACAUAUAUGUUACUUGGUCUGGGCUUUCUGAGACGUGUUGCUCCCGAUUUUGGUGAUCUAGCCGGUGAAGAGCAGCAGCUUGAGGGGAAGUUUAGGUUUAUGCACGAGAGGCUGAAUACUCAUGCUGAAUCCAUUGCAUUCUUUGGAGGUGGAGCUCGAGAAAAAGCUAUGGUCGACACAAAAUUCAGGGCACUACUGGACCACUCUCUCAUGCUCCUGAGGAAGAAAUGGGUGUACGGCAUACUUGAUGAUUUUGUGACAAAGCAACUUCCCAAUAAUGUGACUUGGGGAUUGAGUUUGUUGUAUGCCCUAGAACACAAAGGAGAUAGAGCACUUGUGUCAACUCAAGGUGAAUUGGCACAUGCAUUGCGGUAUCUAGCUUCUGUUGUCUCUCAAAGCUUCAUGGCGUUUGGCGAUAUUCUUGAACUACACAAGAAGUUCCUGGAGCUCUCUGGUGGUAUCAACAGAAUUUUUGAGCUCGAUGAGUUUUUGGAUGCUUCUCAGUCAGGUGUUACCGCACAAAAUCACACAAGUCGUUUGGAUUCUCAAGAUCAAAUUUCCUUUUCGGAGGUGGAUAUCAUUACCCCUGCUCAGAAAUUGAUGGCUAGCAAGUUGUCAUGCGAAAUAGUUUCAGGGAAAAGCCUGCUCGUCACAGGUCCCAAUGGUAGUGGAAAGACCUCUGUAUUUAGAGUCCUUAGAGAUAUAUGGCCCACUGUAUGUGGAAGUCUUGCCAAACCAUCAUUGGAUAUCAAAGAACUUGGGUCAGGGAAUGGCAUAUUUUUUGUCCCGCAGCGACCUUAUACAUGUUUAGGGACACUGAGAGAUCAAAUCAUAUACCCUCUAUCUAAAGAAGAAGCAAAGCAACGGGCAGCGAAGUUGUACACCAAUGGAGAAAGCUCAACAGAUGCUGGAAGCAUUCUGGACGUUCAUUUGAAAACAAUCCUGGAGAAUGUUCGGUUAGUUUAUCUUUUGGAAAGAGACGAUAGUGGUUGGGAUGCGACUACCAACUGGGAAGACAUAUUAUCUCUUGGAGAGCAACAAAGACUUGGCAUGGCUCGUUUAUUCUUUCACAGGCCAAAGUUUGGAAUCCUUGAUGAAUGCACCAACGCGACGAGUGUUGAUGUUGAGGAACAGCUCUAUAGGGUUGCAAGAGACAUGGGUGUCACUUUCAUAACCUCAUCACAACGUCCGGCUUUGAUCCCAUUCCACUCCUUGGAGCUAAGGCUGAUUGAUGGAGAAGGAAACUGGGAGCUCCGUUCGAUCGAACAGACAACAGAGUAA